AUGCUUGACAAAAAACCUUGUCUGAAAUUCAAAUCCCCCACCCCCUCUGGCUAAACAUUGAUAGGUGCAUUAAAGGUCGACGAAAAUACAUACUCUGGUAUUGUGGUACCAACGUUAUUAGGGAAGAUUCCAGAUUCGGUGAGACUUACUAUCACUAGAGGGGAGGAAUACCUUAAAUGGACUAUAAAAGAAUUGUUGCAAGCACUGUUAACUGAGGUGGAAUUACGGGAAGACUAUAGACUGACGCCACAAGUGAAACCUACUGCUGGAAAUGGAAGGAGAAUGUACAACGCGAGUGCACUACAAGUGAAUCGGAGUCUUGGUCGGGAUAAAGAUCGAUGUGCGUUCUGUAUGGGGAAGCAUCGCCAUGAAGAUUGUGCCAGAGUGAAAGAUAUGAGAGAACGAACGAACUUGAUACGUAAGUUUGCUCGAUGCUAUAAAUGUUUAGAGAGAGGACAUUGUGCACGUGACUGUAAAGUAGUUGUUCAAUGUAAAAACUGUAAAGGGGGUCACCAUAGUGCUUUAUGCGAAACUGAAGUAAGCAGUGCAUCAGAGGAGGAGGGUGCGCAAGUAGGGAAUGAGGCGAGCACCCAUAUAGUUAAUGUACCUGCCAGCAUGUUAGUGGGGGGCAGCAGUAGGAUCGUGCUCCAAACCGCCCAAGCGCUAAUUAAGGGUAGUAAUAGUAGUAAUAGAGUAAGAGUAAUGUUUGACUCUGGGAGUCAUAAAUCGUUCGUAACUGCGGACGUAGCACGCGCGUAUAAUUUAAAAUUGCUUAGGAAGGAGUGGCUUAGCAUAAGUACGUUUGGUCGGAAAACCACUGAAUCGGGAUUGCGUGAUGUAGUUCUUAUCGACCUGAUUCCUGUAAGCGGUGGUGGGAGUCUGACACUCGAGGCUUAUGUCGUGCCGGAGAUUUCACGAAUAAGCAACGAGCACGUUGAAGUCGUUAAGAAAGACUUUUCGCAUUUGCAUAACCUUUGGUUUUCAGACGUAUGCCGGACCAAAGAGGAGCUUGAAAUUGAUUUGUUGAUCGGUUCAGAUUAUAUUUGGAAGUUUCAGAGGGGCCGAACCAUACGGGGGGAGCCUGAGGAGCCGGUUGCAAUUGAAACUGAGUUGGG